AUGUCUGUAUCUUUAUUAUUAUUAUUAUUAUUAUUAUUAUUAUUAUUAUUAUUAUUAUUAUUAUUAUUAUUAUUAUUAUUAUUAUUAUUAUUAUUAUUAUUAUUAUUAUUAUUAUUAUUAUUAUUAUUAUUAUUAUUAUUAUUAUUAUUAUUAUUAUUAUUAUUAUUAUUAUUAUUAUUAUUAUUAUUAUUAUUAUUAUUAUUAUUAUUAUUAUUAUUAUUAUUAUUAUUAUUAUUAUUAUUAUUAUUAUUAUUAUUAUUAUUAUUAUUAUUAUUAUUAUUAUUAUUAUUAUUAUUAUUAUUAUUAUUAUUAUUAUUAUUAUUAUUAUUAUUAUUAUUAUUAUUAUUAUUAUUAUUAUUAUUAUUAUUAUUAUUAUUAUUAUUAUUAUUAUUAUUAUUAUUAUUAUUAUUAUUAUUAUUAUUAUUAUUAUUAUUAUUAUUAUUAUUAUUAUUAUUAUUAUUAUUAUUAUUAUUAUUAUUAUUAUUAUUAUUAUUAUUAUUAUUAUUAUUAUUAUUAUUAUUAUUAUUAUUAUUAUUAUUAUUAUUAUUAUUAUUAUUAUUAUUAUUAUUAUUAUUAUUAUUAUUAUUAUUAUUAUUAUUAUUAUUAUUAUUAUUAUUAUUAUUAUUAUUAUUAUUAUUAUUAUUAUUAUUAUUAUUAUUAUUAUUAUUAUUAUUAUUAUUAUUAUUAUUAUUAUUAUUAUUAUUAUUAUUAUUAUUAUUAUUAUUAUUAUUAUUAUUAUUAUUAUUAUUAUUAUUAUUAUUAUUAUUAUUAUUAUUAUUAUUAUUAUUAUUAUUAUUAUUAUUAUUAUUAUUAUUAUUAUUAUUAUUAUUAUUAUUAUUAUUAUUAUUAUUAUUAUUAUUAUUAUUAUUAUUAUUAUUAUUAUUAUUAUUAUUAUUAUUAUUAUUAUUAUUAUUAUUAUUAUUAUUAUUAUUAUUAUUAUUAUUAUUAUUAUUAUUAUUAUUAUUAUUAUUAUUAUUAUUAUUAUUAUUAUUAUUAUUAUUAUUAUUAUUAUUAUUAUUAUUAUUAUUAUUAUUAUUAUUAUUAUUAUUAUUAUUAUUAUUAUUAUUAUUAUUAUUAUUAUUAUUAUUAUUAUUAUUAUUAUUAUUAUUAUUAUUAUUAUUAUUAUUAUUAUUAUUAUUAUUAUUAUUAUUAUUAUUAUUAUUAUUAUUAUUAUUAUUAUUAUUAUUAUUAUUAUUAUUAUUAUUAUUAUUAUUAUUAUUAUUAUUAUUAUUAUUAUUAUUAUUAUUAUUAUUAUUAUUAUUAUUAUUAUUAUUAUUAUUAUUAUUAUUAUUAUUAUUAUUAUUAUUAUUAUUAUUAUUAUUAUUAUUAUUAUUAUUAUUAUCAUUAUCAUUAUCAUUAUCAUUAUCAUUAUCAUUAUCAUUAUCAUUAUCAUUAUCAUUAUUUAUUGACUCUUGCAGAGUACCAUCGCCGAGACCUGGCAUGACGUUAAGUCGCACAGGAAAUGUGAAAAGUGAUGAAUCUGUGACAGCAACAUGUACGGAAAAUAUGAAGGUUCUCGUCGGAAGCGCAUCGAUGACAUGUGUUCUCGGAAAUUGGGCACCGAAUCAGUUCGGGGAUUGUGUGGACGUCAAUGAACUCGGCACCGUGGUUUAUCACGAUGGUGGCGAGCAUGUCAUCGUGAAGUUCCGAAAUGCUACCGACAUAACGGAUGAUGGCAGAGGAACUGUCGAAAUUCGAUACAGCAGUGGUGGCUAUGGAGUCGAGAAGGUUAAAGGAUAUUCUGGAACACCAGAGAGUGAAGGUUACAGCUGGAGCAUUCGGAAUGGUAUGAUAUACAGGGACAAUGUACAGAUUCCUAUUAGUAGUUAUAGCUUCGGCACAAUUAAACUGACCGGCUAUAAAGCUCUACAGAAAGAUCAUGGAUUCCCAACACUAUCCAACACUGUUGGAAUCGUCGUGUUGAACGGCGUAGUUUACGUUAACGGAGUUCCGGUAGCUCAAAGAACAAAUAGAAGCGGUGUAGAUGGCAUCUUCGUCGGCGAUGGUCAGUUCAUAUCAGUUAGUUCUGGAUUCACCGUUCUAAAGUAG